GCAGCAUCGCAGCCGCGGAGCGCCGUGAGCAGCGGGGUCGGACGGCAGCCGGCGUUCUCGGGGACGCCCUGCGAGGAACCGCCGGUAGCACUGGAGGGGCACCGAGCCUGGAGAAGAAACAUGCAACAUGGCAGCAGCCAUGGAAACUGAACAGCCAGGCCUCGAAGUCUUUGAAACCACGGGCUGUGAGGAGCAGGUGCAGAGAGAGGAGCAGCCAAAACCUGAACCUUUCUAUGUAGAGAGACAUUCCUGGAGCCAGCUUCGGAAACUGCUCACAGAUACACGAAAGUAUCAUGGAUAUAUGAUGGCAAAAGCCCCACAUGACUUCACGUUUGUUAAGAAAAAUGAUCCCGAAGGACCUCAUUCUGAUAGGAUUUACUAUCUGGCAAUGUCUGGGGAGAAUAGAGAGAACACACUCUUCUACUCUGAAAUUCCGAAAACUGUGAACAAAGCUGCUGUCCUGUUGCUUUCCUGGAAGCCUCUCUUGGAUCUUUUUCCGGCCAUCCUGGACUACGGUAUGUACUCUCGGGAAGAGGAGUUGCUGCGGGAGAGGAAGCGGAUUGGCACUGUUGGGAUUGCCUGCUACGACUACCACCGCGAGAGCGGCACCUUCCUGUUUCAGGCUGGGAGUGGAAUUUAUCAUGUAAAAGAUGGAGGCCCUCAUGGAUUCACUCAACAGCCUUUAAGACCCAUUCUGGUAGAGACCAGUUGUCCAAAUAUCCGGAUGGAUCCUAAGCUUUGUCCAGCUGAUCCAAAUUGGAUUGCCUUUAUCCAUAGCAAUGACAUCUGGAUAUCUAAUAUAGAAACCAGAGAAGAAAGGAGGCUAACAUUUGUGCACAAUGAACUUGCCAAUGUUGAGGAAGAUCCAAAGUCUGCUGGCGUGGCUACUUUUGUGCUGCAGGAGGAGUUUGACAGAUACACUGGCUAUUGGUGGAGUCCAAAGGCAGAGCCAACACUGAAUGGGGGUAAAGUUCUUCGAAUUCUUUAUGAAGAAAACGAUGAGUCAGAAGUGGAAAUCAUUCAUGUCACAUCACCCAUGUUGGAGACAAGAAGAACAGAUUCCUUCCGGUACCCCAAAACUGGUACAGCAAAUCCAAAGGUCACUUUCAAGAUUUCUGAAGUGGUGAUCAGUGAAGAAGGAAGAAUUGCAGGUGUUGUGGAUAAAGAGCUGGUUCAGCCGUUCGAGAUCCUCUUUGAAGGAGUAGAGUACAUUGCUAGAGCUGGGUGGACGCCAGAAGGAAAAUACAUUUGGUCCAUCUUACUGGAUCGUUCCCAGACUCGACUGCAGAUCGUCUUGAUUCCCCCUGCAUUAUUCAUCCCAGUAGAAUAUGAUGCAAUGGAAAGGCAGAAACUUAUCGACGCCGUACCAGAUUCUGUUACACCUUUAAUUAUUUAUGAGGAAACAACAGACAUAUGGAUAAAUAUCCAUGAUAUCUUCUAUGUUUUCCCUCAAACCCAUGAAGAUGAGAUAGAGUUCAUUUUUGCCUCCGAGUGUAAAACAGGAUUCAGACACCUAUACAAAAUUGUCUCCGUUUUGAAGGAGAGCAAAUAUAAACGGUCAUCUGGAGGACUCCCUGCUCCAAGUGACUUCAAGUGCCCCAUCAAAGAGGAGAUUGCCAUUACCAGUGGGGAAUGGGAAGUGCUUGGCAGACAUGGGUCCAAUAUCUAUGUAGACGAAGCCAAAAAACUGGUGUAUUUUCAAGGCACGAAAGACUCUCCUUUAGAACAUCACUUGUAUGUUGUUAACUACAGGAAUCCCGGAGAAGUAAAACGACUGACAGAACGUGGUUACUCUCAUGCCUGCUGUGUCAGCCAGGAUUGUGACAUGUUUAUCAGCAAGUACAGCAAUCAGAAGAACCCACACUGUGUGUCCCUUUACCGGCUGACAGGACAUGAAGAUGAUGCAGCUCAAAGGACAAAGGAAUUCUGGGCUACGAUUUUAGAUUCAGCAGGCCCUCUUCCUGAUUACAUUCCCCCAGAAGUGUUCUCCUUUGAGAGCUCCACGGGGUUUACGCUCUAUGGGAUGAUGUACAAACCUCACAAUCUGCAACCUGGGAAGAAGUACCCUACUGUGAUCUUCAUCUAUGGAGGCCCGCAGGUGCAGCUAGUGAACAAUCGCUUUAAAGGACUCAAAUAUUUCCGACUGAACACCUUGGCCUCUUUAGGCUACGUUGUUGUGGUUAUUGACAACAGGGGGUCCUGCCACCGAGGGCUGAAGUUUGAAGGAGCCUUCAAAUACAAAAUGGGGCAAAUAGAAAUUGAUGACCAAGUGGAAGGGCUGCACUACUUGGCAUCGCAGUACGACUUCAUUGAUUUGGAUCGUGUUGGCAUUCAUGGCUGGUCAUAUGGAGGCUACCUCUCUCUUAUGGCUUUAAUGCAGAGGUCAGAUAUCUUCAGGGUUGCCAUCGCUGGAGCGCCUGUGACGCUGUGGGUUUUCUAUGACACGGGUUACACAGAGCGCUACAUGGGCCACCCGGAGCACAACGAGCAGGGCUACUACCUGGGUUCCGUGGCCAUGCAAGCUGACAAGUUUCCUUCUGAACCAAACCGUUUGCUGCUGCUACAUGGGUUCUUGGAUGAGAACGUUCACUUUGCACACACUAGUAUUUUGCUCAGCUUUUUAGUGAGAGCUGGGAAGCCAUACGACUUGCAGAUCUACCCUCAGGAGAGGCACAGUAUAAGGGUGCCUGAGUCGGGAGAGCACUAUGAACUCCAUCUACUGUAUUACCUGCAAGAGAAUCUGGGCUCUCGCAUUGCUGCCCUGAAGGCAAUGUAACUCGCCUCUGCAGGACUCUGCUCAGCUGGCUGCUGUUCCAAAUGAGGAGACGGGAAACUAGAGAAAACAGAACGGAACUUUGCGUUUUGGUGCCUGCCACGUGUACACACACAUUCAUACACAGAGAGACACUUUUUUAAAGUAAAUUUGGUGCCAUAUAGGGAAUUAAAGGACGAUGGCCUAAUAACCUUAAAGCUUAGGGUGUAAAUAAAAUCCAGUGUCUGUAGUGCAAUGCAGUACCAUGGGUGUUCUCUCGGGGGAGGAGCUCAACUGAAGAUAAAGUACUUCCACAGCACCAGAGCUUCACGUUUUAAAAAGACUCUGCUCUAAUCAGUGUUUUUACAUUGUGUUCCUUGACACUAGAAAGUUUACACAGCAGGAGUUUACCUGGAUGCUUACAAUGUGUACAUUACGUUUUGAAUGUCAUUGUAUAGCUUUUAUGCUUCCUAAACGGGAUGUGUCUCACUCCAGAAAAGUUGGUCCCAAGUUAGACACGUCCCCUAUCCAGCUUCUGAUUGUUUUCUAAGGAGAAACACUUUUAAGCUGCCCUAAGAAGAUUUUAAAUUUUGGAUUCAGUUCAGCUGAUGCCAGAUUCUUUUCAAAAAUGGCUUUUCUUCUCAGGAUAAGUCGUACCGGUUUUCCUUCCAGCAGAUUGAUGUCCUAUCCUGAUUGUACUUGAUUUCACCUGGGGAAGUGAAAUGAUGUUUUACUGUGAUGUGAGCAUAACAAUCUUUUAUUUGGGAUGCAAACUAAUUUAAGGCAAAUUGCAGAGACUUUGUAAAUUCUAAAAGAAGCUUAAAAGUGCAGCCCGUUCCUCACUGACAUUUUUCCCUGGCGUUCAUCCUGGAGCUGUUCUUGCAGUACUGUUUUCUUACUGUCACUUCAGCAUGAUGUAGAUAUAUGCAUCCUGUUACAGUUCUGAGAUUCAACGCUCUGAUUCAAGGGUCUGCAGAGGAUUUGGAGAGGAGAGACCAUACGAACACUGCGCAUCAGGCAGUGUGAGCUGCUCCAUUGGAUUUCCUGAUUAUAUUCAAGGCACUGUUUCCCAGGCUCUGCUCAGUCCUCUGGUCCCAGGUCAUUUCCAGCACUGCUGCAUAGCAUGACUGUGAUGCUGUGUUUGAGAGCUCCCUUCUGCAUAGCUUAAGGUAACCCCUCUAAGCCUAAAGGAUGAAAUCCCAGUUGUGUUUUUGUUAGUGAGGUUUUAACUAAGCAGCAGGCUUGGCUAAAAAGUGUCUUAUGUGAAGUUACUUUAAACUUGCAGCAAGUUGUUCGAGAUAGAAAUCCAUGGCAAAAUGAUUCUCUUUAAUCCAGGAAAUUCUCCCCUUGGGACCUGCCUCUGAGACUCUUGUAAGUUUUAAUGGUUUUCUUAGAAACCUAAGAACUUCCUUUCCUUUCCUUUUUGGUGCUAGAGAGAAGCUGAGCAUGGUUUUUCUUUUCGUCUUUUCAAAACAUGGAAUCCCUCUCAGUACUUAUGCUCUUUGUGCUCCACACGUGCCCUUGUCUUUUCCUCGCUGUGGUGCUGUUCAGCUUGGCCAUGAGACUCUGGGAUUUAACACCAUCUGAUUGUAUUGUAUCACACUGCACAUUUUGCAGUCAGGCUGCUGAGCGCUGACACUGGCAGAGCCACUGCAGUUACACGGGUGUGAAAUGUGAUGUGAGAACAGGAUUUGGCUUGGGGAUUAUGCAAAAGAUAGCCAAAGCAAACAGGUAUGCAGUAGGUGUACGUUUCCCUGACAUGGGAGCGUUUAGUUUGGGGAUUGGGGUUUCAGAUCACUGUUUUUUCAGUGGAUGAGUUGAAAUCCCCUUAGCAGGUCGGUAACAGCCUUGCUGCUGGGAUCUGGCAUGGCACACAGAGAGCCCGGCUCCUUCUGACACCUCCUCUUUGAGAAAGGAACUGUGGCUGAACCUGGGCUGUCUGCUGUAGUCAGUGCAGAGAGAUGAGUAAUUGUGCUGAAGCUUUUGGUCUGGAGCAGCGUGGCAGGGAGUACAGAAAAGUAAAAGCUGUCACGAUGGAGUUCUUUUCAGUUCCUCACAUGUUUAUGCUGUAUGAUAUAUACAUAUAUCUAUAUCUGUUCAUAUAUACAUAUAUGUAUAAAAUUACACGUGGAUAGCAUCACCUUUUCCAAGGUUGUUUAUAUUUUGUUCAAUAUUUAACUUGCUUUUGGGGUGUUUCUGCUCUUUUUCUAGAGGUGAGUGCCCUUGAAUGUAAAUGUUUAUGAUUUUUAAGGCAAAAUUGAUCCUUUUGUGUAAAAAAGAAAAAAAAAAAAAAGAAAAAAAAAGCCUUCAGCAAGCAGUGCUUCUUUGGCAACUGAAGAACUAAAUGUUAUGCAAGUAAACCAGGCUGGAUUUUGAUUUAGCACAGGGUUGUAAGUGCUGACAUAUAACUUUUAAAUAACACAUCUUUUCGUUGUUUUAAAUAUACCUAUUGAAAAGCUAUUAAGGUGCAAAGCACUGUAAGUACUCUAUUUUGCAACAUAUUCUUUUUUUUCCUACAAAAGUUUUUUCUUUUUACAGCAGCCAAGCACUUUAAGACCCCCUGCUCUCUUAUCCUGCAGAAGUGCUGGGAGGAUUUAUCAGCAGAGCUUUGCAGUUCUGGUCAGAGAUGCCUCGUGUGAGCUUUGAGACUGAGGUAGGGAGGUGCCGAGGGCUCUCAGAGCACAGAUGGGUGCCUGGGGGUCGGAUGCAGCAGUGUGCUCUGUGCCCAGCAGGCGCCUGCGCUGAGCAGGAGGGAGACGCAGCCUUCAUUGCACAGUGGGCAUUGGCUUCUUCCCAGCAGUUGCACUGAUGUCUUUGGAGAUGAAUGUUUUAACGUCUCGUACCUCAAAGAAUACAUGAAACCUGGGGAUCUGUGCUGAAGUUGGGUGGUGAUGCCAGCAGUGGCUGGGAUUUGUUGAGGUUGUUUCUGUGGGAGCCCAAUCUCUAUCCCUUCUUAUGGCAGCCUUCAGGAAUUUUGCCAAAUGGGGUUUCACCCUUCACACAGGAAUUGCACUCCCUACCCCGUCCCUUGGUUUCCAAUGGUCUUCUAUUCAGAACAAAAUAUAAUUGGUAAUUAACCAGAGCUGCUGAGUUUUUGUAAGCUCUCUUAACUUCAAAAUGUUCGUUAAUGAAAUAAUGAAUUCAAGCCUCAUGUAAAGCUUUGAAAAUCAAUUAGCUUCAUUAUAUCGCAAUGGAAAAUGCAUUCUCUGGUUAUUGCUAGUUCUGUUUGGGGAAUGAGAGAAAUACUUUGAGCAGAGAUAUGGGUGCUGCUUCCUCCCCAAGCACAGCGUGUGCCACGCACUGCAGAGAUUUCCCAGCUUGACCAUGGGGUCCCAGCACCACUCCAUGGGGGGAGCACCGGGUUGUGCUUCUGCUGUGUCCAUACAGAAGGCUGUUUUGCUGCUGGCAUGACAUUUGGCUUCUGAUGAGGCAAUAAUAGAGUACAAGUGAAUGAAAUAACGGCCCAGAUUAGGAUACUGCUUUGAACUGCCUGUUUACUGGAGUACCAGAGCCCUGCAAAGACUUCCAUGCACCCCUUGCGGGUCUUUGGGACAGUCCUUUCGCAGAGAGCUCUUGGCGUGGUUUUUACGUAGAUGUUCUGCACAGAGUUCAGGUUUUUAAUGUUAGAAGUGCCUGCUGUUUGCAUUAACAGAACUGCAUGUCUCACUCCAGUGGGUUUAUGGUCUCCCUCCCCCACCUUUCUAGCGACUUAGCUUUUAAUCGUGUAAAGUGGAGACAUUUGUUUUGCUGCUUUUUAUUACAAAACCUUUGUGGCAAUAAAGAUGCUGCUAAAUAAA